CCUGGAAAAGGAGUAAUGAUAUGCCUUGUAUUUGCUGCCUUUUUUUUUUUUAAUUUUUUUAAACAGACUAAGAUGCUGAUGGGUGAGGUGAUGAGAGAAGCUGCCUUUUCACUUGCUGAGGCAAAGUUUACAGCAGGAGACUUCAGUACCACUGUGAUCCAAAAUGUGAACAAAGCACAAGUCAAGAUCAGAGCUAAGAAAGACAAUGUAGCAGGUGUAACCUUGCCAGUUUUUGAGCAUUACCAGGAAGGAGGGGACAGCUAUGAGCUGACUGGCUUGGCCAGAGGUGGAGAACAGUUAGCUAAGCUGAAGAGGAACUAUGCCAAAGCUGUGGAGCUGCUUGUGGAACUGGCCUCCUUACAGACAUCCUUUAUUACUUUGGAUGAAGCCAUUAAAAUAACAAACAGACGUGUGAAUGCAAUUGAACAUGUGAUUAUUCCCAGGAUCGAGCGUACUCUUUCUUACAUCAUCACAGAACUGGAUGAACGAGAACGAGAGGAGUUCUACAGGCUAAAGAAGAUCCAGGAAAAGAAAAAAGUAUUGAAAGAAAAAUCUGAUCAAGAACGGGAGCUGCGGAGGGCUGCUGGUGGGGAAACUGAACCAGCCAAUCUCUUAGCAGAGGAGAAGGAUGAAGACCUUCUCUUUGAAUAACCCUGCACAGUUGCUGUGUAUGGAGCAGGGGGCCCAGAAUACAGAAUGUCCAAUUACAAUAUAAUUCAAGACAUGUUGCCUACAAGAUACUUAUGUGGCUUCUCAUUUGGUGUCCAAGUCUUGAGUUGAAUGGAUUGUGGAUUUCUCCUGGGAGAUUAGAAAUCUGGGAACUUGACUAUAGCAUAGGAAGAAAAGGAGAAAUGUGUCAGAUGCUUUACUAUCAUCCAGGCAAGCCUUCUGUGGUCAGCCUGUUUCUUCACUUAGUAACAAUGACUUUUGAUAGCUAUAUAUUUUGCAGGAUGGUGCUGGAUUUGCCUAAUCAGAUUCCUCUUAAAUUGCUCCCCUUCCUCAUACAAGAGGAGGAAAAUGUCGCUUAGGGUGGGAGAUGCAUGUAAUAUUCUUUACUGCUGAGCUAUUAAUGUUCAAGUUGCUUAAAGCCAGUAUUGGCACAGCUGAAGUCAAAUGCCAGUAAAGGAAACUCAGUUUUCUAACCUGUUGAUGAAAUCCACAGUCUUCUGUUAUAUAUUUUUGUUGCACGAUUGCUACCAUUGGCCUAAAACAUCUACGUUUUUAAUUAGAGGUUCUGCCAACUAGUGUACUGUCUGUGCUAGAAACAAGUGUAAAUUUUAAAUGUUAAAAUACCCGGCGUCUGGCUCAAGUUGCUAGAAGAUGGUGGUCUUAAAAGCUUGUUGUGUUGAUUUCAAAAUAAAACUUCUGCUCAGUUUGAA